AUGAAUUUGAUUAACGUUAAUGUUACUAUAACGGGAAUUGAAGUCACGUAUUCUGAUGGUUUACAGUCGCGUUGGCCAACAGAUGUUACGCCACGAGUAGACAGUCAUGGUAAUAUCAGUUAUUAUCGACCUAUAAUAGAAUCCUCGGAUAAGAAAAUGCAAUUAUAUUUAACAAAACUUGGGGAGGCUUUAGCUAAAGUAUUACGCAAGGAUCCUGGCAUACAUAUUGGUAAUAGUGCUCUAACACGAUUACCAGAUGGAUAUGGGCUAUUUGAACAUAUUAAACAACACAAGGAAUCCGGUGGUGGUGUCAAUUUUAAUCUAAAAUUCCGUUCACCAAACGAAUUUAUUGAUCAUUUGUUGUGGCUCGCGUCCGAUAAGGCUUCACCAUGCGCUUGUAAGUACUGCAAUGGUAAACCUCCUUCAGGUGUACAAACGCCUAUCACUUCAAGUAAAGCAAUGACAAAAUCACAAGAACAUGGGGGGUUUCGACGUGGAGAGUUGGUUUGGGCAACUAAAGAUCAGAUUUUGACAACUAAUGAAACAGAAACAUCAGGUUAUAUCAAGUUUUGGCCAGCUGUGGUUAUUGAGCGUACAGUGGUACCACCUCAUGUCUUAUAUACUUUAAAGCGUGUCUUACUGGAUGGAACAUUGAAGGUCCGCCAAAACAAGAUUAUGCCGUGGCUUGCACUUGAUCCGGCUGAUCUUACGAAACAAUUUGAUAAUCAGGACAUAACUGAUGAUACUUUACUCGCUUCAAAAUUUCUCGAAGCAGUCAAUUACGCGAAUGAAAUAGCCUCAAUGUAUACACCAGUUAUUAAAAGUGAACACGCAUUGAGUUGCAUAAUAUUUGGUGCCGAAGUUUUAAAAGUGAAUGAUUAUGUUAGAUUGACAUAUGAAAAACUUAGCGAUUCUGAAAUGCUGCAAUUACCAGUGUUUAAAAUCACAUCAAUGUACAUAAAUGAUCAUAACAAACUCGAAAUGAGGGGUGAUAUGUUCUUGAAAAUGCCCACGAAUGGUGCACCUGGAACAAAGUUGAUUAGGACGAACACAGAACAAACUGAGUAUCCACUUGACUUGACGCAAAUAGCUGGUCGAUUCUACAUGACUUAUCCGAACAUCACACGUUCUGCAACACCAUUUAAACUUGCAGCAUUAACGGAUAGGCUUAAAAUUAUUCAAGAUGAAUCUAAAUUAGCCACAACAA